UUAUACUUACUCCUUGCCUGUGCAUUAAAUGACCACAUAUGACUGUGGUUGUGGCUUGUUGACUGUCACACAUACAGAAUCAUGGCUGAAUUAAGAUCUGCGAUCUGGAGCCUUUCUUCUAAUUUCGUUGCAAAUCGAUAUUUUUCGCGUUUAUUAACUUCUCAGUGGUAUAAUGUAUCUGCGGUUUCAUCAUUAAGUAACAUGUCAACGGAGGCUGCAGUUAAAACUGACAAUGACAUCAUUAUUACAGAUAGCUGUGUUAAACGUUUGAAAGAAAUUACAGAUGAUAAUGCUUAUUUAAGAGUUACGGUAGAAGGUGGAGGUUGUUCUGGUUUUCAAUAUAAAUUUGAUUUAGAUGUAAAUGUAAAUGAAGACGAUAAAGUGUUUCAAAAGGAUGGUGUGAAAGUGGUGAUAGACUCAACAUCUUUAGAAUAUAUUAAAGGAGCAACGAUAGAAUAUCACACAGAACUGAUACGUUCUGCAUUUAGAAUAACAAAUAAUCCUUUAGCUGAACAAGGUUGUAGUUGUGGUGCUAGUUUUUCUAUUAAAAUUUAGUUAAUUGAUAAAUUUCCUGUUUAGUAAAAUUAUAUGUAAUUUAUCUGUAUCAUAUUUACUAUUUUCUCUUAUAAAAUAAUCAUAAAUAGUUUAUCAACAUUUUUUUUGAAGAACUAUAUUUUUUACUUUAUUUAAUUAGGCUGUAGGGUUCUGUUAACUGGCACUUACUUAUCUAGUCUUCAUGAAAGUUUCCUCAUACAGGGUGUCCACACUUAAGUGUGACAGCACGAUAUUGCAUGAACUAUUGAUGACACGAAAAAGUGUUUAAAUGGAAAUUGCAGGAUAAAAGGAGCUUUAUGUUUUGGCGUAAACGAAAUUUUUUUAAUGUUAUUAAUGUAAAAGAUAAGAUGAUGAAGUUUCGUGUUUUAAAUGGAACUAUAUAUGUUUCUUUCGAUCACGCAAUAUUGCCUUUCAAAAUGAAUUCAUUAAGACUUAAUGUGUUUACCCUAUUUUUAUUAGUUUUCGAGAUAUAACACUUAGAAAUGAAACUGAUUUUCAGCAGAGAUGUCUCGAUUUGAGUAACAAGUCAUAAAAACGGUCUUAUUGUUGCGAUAAGUGUCGCAAGUUUGACUCUGCCUGCAGAAACCGAUAGCCGCUGGUCUACGGUCGGAAAAGCAAAUCCAAACAGUAAGAAACGUGGAAAGAAUUAUCCAUUACGGUCUGAACAUUCCGCGUCAAGAAUGAUGUUAAUAAUUUCACUUCAUAAAGGCGACCGAAGUUACGGGUAAAUGUCUUAAUUUUUAAUAAUUGUAAGUCCUUCAACACAAGUUAUAAAACAAAACUCAGUAGAUUUAAAAAACAGAAUUCAGAUUUUAUGUGAAAACAUUCCCAUAGGCAUUCUAAUGAACGCGGAAAAGGAAUUUCUGGAACGUAUAGAAAUAUGUAUUUCGAACCGCAGAAGACAUAUAGAAUAAAUUUUUUGUUUAACAAAAUAUUUUGAGAAAUUUAAAUUAAUUGUCUGUAUACUUACUUUUAAGUAAAACAUUUAUUUAAAUGUUCCAACCUUCCAAUUAUUAACAACCUCAUUCUUGAUGCGCAAAUCAUAGACCGUAAUGGACAAUUCUUUUCACGUUUUUUACUUUCGGACUUGCUGUUCGAACCAUAGAUACCCGGCUAUUGGUUUCGGUAGGCAGCGUCAAAUUUACGACACAUACCACAACAAUAAGACUCAAAUCGAGACGUCUCUGCUGAAAAUCAGCAAAUUUCUAAGCGUUAUAACUCGAAAACUAAUAAAAAUCAGGUAAAUACAUUAAAUUUUAAUGAAUUCGUUUGUAAAAGCGUUAUCAUGUGAUCGAAAAAAAUAUAUAGUUCGAUUUAAAAAACGGAACUUCACCAUCUUAUCUGUUACAUUAAUAACAUUAAAAAAAUUUCGUUUACGCCAAAACAUAAAGCUUUUAUCCUGCAAUUUCCAUAUAAACAAUGAAUACAUAUGGCAAGUACUAUGAAACGUUAAGAAAUUCUUUACAUUAGUGUUCGCCAAAAAAGUUAUUAAAUCCUGAGUACCUUUUACUAUUGAGUAGUACUUGCUGUGUAUGUAACAUAUGCCUAUGCUCAUAUGUAGACAUACACUAUGAAUGUAAUGUGGAGUAUGAGCAUAAGUCUUUACUGAUGUAUCUAAUGCUUAAAUAAGAUACUUUAAAAGUUGAA